CCAACAACAUGCAGCAUUUCACACUCGCUUUAUCCAAUACGCUCCUUUGACUUCCAGAUUCGCCGCAACUGCUUCUUCAAUCACGCUCCUGAAGGACACUGCUACACUUAAACCACUCAACAUGGCCAUCAAAAUUCCUCAAGCAGGGGUCUGGACCCCGGCUGUAACCUUCUUCGACCCUACAACAGGAAGCAUCGACCUCGAAGCCCAGAAACAGUACUUCAACUAUCUCUCCAAACACGUCACCGGUCUCGUUAUUCUCGGCUCCAACGCCGAAGCCUUCCUCCUCACCCGCGAAGAACGCAUCUCCCUAGUCAAGGCCGCUCGCUCCGCAGUCGGCCCCUCGUACCCACUUAUCGUGGGCAUCUCGGGUUACUCGACCAUCCAGACCCUAGAGUAUGCACAGGACGCUAAGGCUGCGGGCGCAGACUUUGGUCUUCUUCUCCCUGCGAGUUAUUAUGGCGGUGCUACCAGCAAAGAGGUAGUCAAUGCUUUCUUCGACGAGGUCGCGCAGGGCACCGAUCUGCCUAUUGUAAUUUACAAUUUCCCAGGGCAGUGCAACGGCGUGGAUUUGGAUAGCGUGACGAUUGCAGGGAUCGCAAAGAGGAAUCCUGGGAAGGUCGUAGGCGUAAAACUCACGUGCGGAAGUGUGGCCAAGAUUACCAGACUUACGGCUGAGCUGUCGCCAGAGGAGUUCACAACGUUUGGAGGACAGUCUGAUUUCUUGAUUGGGGGGCUCGCGGUUGGUAGUCAGGGGUGUGUCGCGGCGUUCUCCAAUGUCUUUCCGAAGACAAUCAAGAGGGUGUACGAUCUGUAUGUUGCAGGAAAGGUGGAAGAGGCGCUGAAGCUGCACAAGAAGGCGGCAUUAGCGGAAAGUCCUGUAAAGGCAGGAAUUGCGAGCACGAAAUAUGCGGUCAGUCAGUUUAGCGCCGUGGAUGCAGGUAUUCAGGGCGCGGAGGAGAAACUCCUGCCGAGGAGGCCGUAUCUGCCUGUUGGGGACGCAGUGAAAGACAACGUGAAGAAGGUAAUGGCUGAACUGGCCGAAAUUGAGAGGUCGCUCUAGUCAGGAAGCAAAGAGAAGAGAAGUUGUACGCGCAAUUAAGUCAUCCGUACAUUACAUCUUUGUCAGUUUAUCAUAGACCAAACAUAGCGCACAAAGUUUUCUCACAUUACCUAUGGCACAUUGUUAUCAUCAC